AGGGAAAAUUAUAUAGCAAAAGUUACUUUAAAAAUGAUUUUAAAACAAUGUAUUGAAAUGUCAUUUUUUAGUAUUGAAUUGUAAACUGCACAAUUAUUUUCAUUAUGAAUCAAUUAUGGUACAAAAAAUUCACGAAAAUUUAAAAUGCAAUUGAUUUUGCUUUUUUUUUAAUUCUAAGACUGGAUUGUAGUUUUUCAUAAUGAAAUCUUAAUUGCUAAAUGCAUUUUUACAUUCCAAGUCUGAAUUGGAUAUUUAAAUUUCAAUUGCAAAAUACAUUUACAAAUUGAAAUGUCAGCUAAGAAAUGCAUAUUACUUUGAAUUAUGGGUGAAAAAAGCAGGAUCACGUCGGUCUCUGUGGGAGGUUUGGUGAGGAGAGCAGCUUCAUGUCGAGAGCCUGUUUUACCUCGGCCUGUCUGCUGCCUGCCUUCCUGCAGGGAUGCUCACACACCCUAUUGACAAACACCAGCAACUGGCGACAUCUGGUGGACACUGCCUGUAACUGCAGCUCAGAUGUCCCAACAUGAACGAGCGCUGGAACGGUGAAAGGCGACUAAAAAGGGGUUUGAAUCGAACUAAAAACGAAAAAAACAGGAUGACGUUACAUGUGCGGUAGUAGCUGCUUUUUACGAUGCAGUGGCAGGUCCUCUCCUCCCCAUCAUCAUCACCUAGGGAUCCGCCCACUCCUCCUCUGCGCUCACGGCGCGUCCGGCUGCAGCCUCAGACCCGUGGAUCACCCAAACCUGCUGACUUCUCCGUUUCCGCUGCAAAAUGGGGAUUCAAGAAACGCUUUGUGGGAUUAACUGGGGAGUUCUAUAAAUCGUGGACAUUUUCUGUACUCCUGAGAGGAGCAGGACGGGGAAGCAUGAUCGACCUGAGUCACCUGACGGAGGAGGAGCAGGAGGCCAUCAUGACGGUGCUGAGGAGGGACGCCGAUCUGAAGAAAGCAGAGGAGGAGAGAGUCAAGAAGCUGGAAGAAGUGCUGCACAGGGAUUCGCAGCCAGACGUGAAGCUGAAGUACUUGACGGGAGAGUGGUUCUACGAGGCCAAAUCUCGCCGACACACCGACAAGAUUCACGGCUCGGACAUCAUCCUGGCGUCCAUGAAGCAAGGGAAAGCAGCUGGUUUAGAUGGUUCUCUCAGAGUCGACAGAUCUAAGCCCCCCAGCAGUCGAGGCUCAGACACGGCGCCGCCGGUCAAACCUCCCAGAUACUUGGAACCUCUGCAGCCACAGGAAAUAAAUGAUGCAGAAAAAGAGAAUCGAUAUUCAGCUGUUCGUUCCCCAAAAACACCGAGGCACAAUCCUUUUAAUCGCGCCUCCCUCAUCGUUGUUGAUCAUCCUGAAAAUAAUUGUGAGUCAGUAGCCAGUCGGGGCCCGGAGCCACCGCGGACAGAUCCCAUCUCCCCGCUGAAGAGUCACUCAGUGGGCGAGUCCACUAGAACCUCGGGGGGCUCCAUCACAUCAGAGGGUUCCUCCAUGGGCUUCAGACCGGUUCCAAAGAAGAGAACGUUCCUCUCACGAAGAACCAACAGUCAGUUAGACAGUAACGGUGAGGUGGUCGCCCCGGCGAGGCCUGUCGGGAUUGUCCCCGCUCCGAGACGGCGUCGCCAGCGAGAAUCCAGUGAGAGCUCUGAGCAGCCAAACAGAACCGCCGAUGAAAACCUGCCUCAGCCGUUGAGCAGCGUUCCUCAGGUUUUCUCGACUUCAACUUUGGAGCGGGAAGCAAACCCACCUUCUGUAACCAGAGCCAAGUUGGAUUCGUCCGCUGUUAGAGGAACCCCACAGAAGACAGAAGAUCCAGAGGAUCUGAGCCAAACAUGUGAAGAUUUAAACUUCAGCCUUCAGAGAAGCAAGAGUCACGACAAAGAGGACAGAAGCUGUGUGGGAACAGCGGAAAGGCAGGAUGACAAGAGUCUGCCUCAAAGCACUAUGGAUUCAGAUCUACCAGUCCGCUUUGAUCCCACAUUCAUUGAUAAAUCUGAUCAACAGGAGCAGACGCUAAAUCAGAAGCAUGAGUUGAAAUUAGCCCCUCAGCCUGUCAGCCCUGGCAUUGAGGAAGACUCCAUUGCCAAAGUCUUGGAUUGGUUUAACCGAAGCACAGACAGCAAUGAUUUCCUGAUUGAAGAAGAUGAGCCGAUGUUCCCCAAGAGCUCCGACAGACAUGUAGCCAUCAGGAAAAUCCAAGAGGAAGAUUUGUUGGCAAGAGAUGCCAGUGAAAGAAAGAAGGAAACGGCUGAAGUGAAGAGGAGUCUACCACAAAGACGGACCAGCCACGACCCUGACUUCAGGGCAGCAUCCAGGAAGGGCAGCCAGGAGAGGAUUCUAACCCACGAAGAGGCGUGGACAGAAAACAGAGAGAGACUGAAGUCUCCAGAUGUGAAAGAGAUCAUCGACGACGGUCAACCACUGAAGAUCUCCAAUCUGAAAUCAUUCUGGGAGAAGAACAACACAGGCGUCAAGAUACUCAUCAGCAAAUCUAUGACGCCUAGUGAAAAAGAGGUGGAGCCUGUCCACCUUCCAGCAGAGAUGGAGGCAGAUGUGAGCAGGAAAGAGACACAUGAGAAGUACACCUCAGUUCAGAGCGAUGAUAGACCAGGAAUAAUUCCAACAACAAACGUGGCAGUCAGACUUCACACCCAAGAAGAAAGCCUUAUCGCCUCUGCAACUCAAAGGAACAACAGCGACUUGGACCAUCUGAAGCUGAGAUCUUCUAUUCCACCAAUGCACAGCAGAGGAGACCCUGAGACCUUCUGUGUUUCCAAACUUAGCUCAUCCGAGAAGAAGAGCUUAGAUCCAGAAUCUGAGAUCCUGUCUGCAGUCAAACCCAAGCUGCAUUUAGACGGUACACCGAAGCGGAGUGACCCAACCCAGCCAAAGAGGGGUUCGUUGUCGAAGCUCGAUACAGAUCUCAGCCCAUAUGUGGACUCUAAGCCGGGUGCCAUCGACGUUCAAAUCCCAGCUAAAGCACAGCUCCCAAGAGGCUCGAGUGAAGACGUGAAGAGGAGGGACAGUGAGGACAAAAGCGGGGUUUCAAACCUUCCUUCCAAGAGAAGAGACAGUGUACCCAGCAAAGACAGAACCAACAGUCCACACCUGGGUAGGCAGGCGCUCCCCCAUCAGGAGUGCACAGCAGAGAGGAUCAAGCAGCUGAAACUCUUCUGGGAAAAGGAGCGGAACAAGCCCGUGUUUUACAACGGCAAACCUAGAGCGGCUGGAGAAGGCAGAGCCGCUCAUGGCAGCAGUCAAGGCAGACUCAACAAAAGGUUCACAAAGUCCGAGUUUGACUUGAGGACAAUUGGAAGCGAAUUGGGUAGCGAUCAGGAAGACGGGAACCGAAACCAUCCAAACUUUAGUGUUCUCCCUUUUCAAAGGCUAGACAAACUGUCGCCAAGCCUCAGCGCCAGCCGCAUGCAGUUUAACACUCUGCGGGAAUUCUGGGGCGAAGCGGCGUCCGAUUCCAGAGGAUCGCUGACCGUCGACAAACCCAAAAGCCCCAAACGAAAAGAGACACUCAGUGGCCAGAUGUCAAGUCAGGAGUUAAAGAGCUGUAACUCUGAGAUUUAUUGCCCGAAUCAAACUGUUGAGAAAACAAAAGCAGCUGUCAACAAGUCUUCUCCAUCAUCUCCCAAUCGAACAACUCCUCUGCAUGACAGACAGGUGGUGGCUGGGGUCAGAAUGAUGAAUGACGGUAAGAACAACCCGCCAAGUUAUGCAUCCAUUGAGUCAGGGCAGCACAGGCAGUCCAAGAGGAGCUCCAAGGAGUCCAGCAGAGACGAGAAGUCCAUCAAGCAGCAAAGCAGCACAGGCAAAGAGAUCCGGUCUCGAUCUGGCAGUCGUGGAAGCUCAAUGCGUCGAGCCACAAGCAUGUUCACGCUGAGCGCCGCUGAUGACAAAGAUCAGCUCAGAAAGGAUGUCAACUCCAGGAAGCACAGGCAGAACAACGAGAAGGGAGUUCUGUCGAGAAAACUGUCAGAGGAACCAGAGACCGUGGUUCCACGCGCGCGGGCGUUUGUUCCCACAGACUACCGCCAUUACCUGGGGAUGACGGACAAGUCCAGCAUUCACACUAUGCUGGCCCCAGCUGUGGAGGACCAGGGCUUCGACUGCACCGACAGCUAUGAACUCGAAGUGAGUGGACUGGGGAAGACGAGCACCCCCGUGACCUCGGAGGAGCGUCACAACAGAAAGACCAGCAAGUUGAGCCAACGGCAGGUGUGGGCCAAUCACAGCGAGUCUGACACAGGUCAGGAGUCCUCCCUCAGCAGCGUGUCAGAGACCUGGCCCAACACAAAUCGUGAUAAUAAGGACGAAGACCAAAAUCCUGUGCGGAAAGCUUUGCGGCGAGCCGAGGCGCGGGCUAAAAGCUUGGCUAAAAGUAUGGAGGACAUUACAUCAUCUCCACGACAAGAGAAAAGACAAGACCCUGUUAUUGAUUCUAGGCGCAGCAGUGAUGUUUUAGCCAUCACGCCUCCUUCCUCCUCCUUGUUCUCGGAUCCUGAUCACCUGAAGAAGAUGAGCAAAUCUGUUCCUUCCUUCUUGCAGAAAGAGGACGCCGAUGAGGAUGCUUGCUUCCAAGAAAGACUAAUAUCAGACUUCUCAGAGACUAACCUGAGGAACUCUCCUAGCAUGACAUCUCUGAGUGGAAGUGUGAUGACCAUGUACAGCGGUGACCUUGUUGAGGUUCAGGGAAACAUUCAUUUCUCCAUCAACUACGUUCAGAGACUCCGAGAGUUUCACAUCUUUGUGUCCGAGUGUAGAGACUUGGCUGCUGUGGACCCGAAGAGGGGGCGCUCUGACCCGUAUGUUAAAAGCUACCUGGUCCCUGACAAAGCAAACCUUGGAAAGAGAAAAACUUCAGUGAAGAAGAAGACUCUGAAUCCAACUUUCAAUGAGAUCUUAAGAUAUCGGGUUCGCAUGGAUUAUCUCCAAACGCAAAUGCUGGUUCUCUCCGUCUGGCAUCACGACACCUUUGGCAGGAACAGCUUUCUGGGCGAGGUAGAUGUGGACCUCUCCAAAUGGGACUUUGACCACACCCAGAUGAAUUACUUGGCUUUGAAAGCAAAGACAAUGCCUGCUGUGGAGCCCACAAAUGGGAGAGGAGAGAUGAGACUGGCCAUACGCUUUCUGCCUCAGAUCAGCCACAGUGAAGGUGUUGCAAAAGACAUUUCCAACAGCGGAGAGAUUCACAUUUGGAUAAAAGACUGCAAAGGCCUUCCCCUCAUCAGGGCCACCAUCGACCCUUACGUUAAGUGUUUUGUGCUGCCAGACACCAGCAGGAAAGGUCGGCAGAAGACGAGAGUUUUACGGAGAACGGUGGAUCCGGUGUUCAACCACACGAUGGUGUAUGACGGCAUCAGCACACCUGACCUGACGGAGGCCUGUGUGGAGCUCACCGUAUGGGACCGAGACAGGCUCGCUAGCAACCUGCUGGGGGGAGUGAGGCUUGGAGUUGGAACAGGCAGGAGUUAUGGAACGCUGGUGGACUGGAUGGACUCGGGACCUUAUGAGGUGGCCUUGUGGGAGCGCAUGAUGGCCUCGCCAAAUGAGUGGGUGGAAGGCGUUCUGCCACUGAGGAUGCUGAAUUCUGCUAAAACUGCUUUUAAAUAACUACACCAAACAGCAGAAAAUCAAGUAAUUUGUCUGUAUCAGAGAGACAUCUGUUUUACAAACCUUCAUCCUAAAUGGGCCAAAUGCGCAACACAUCUGAGCUGGUAUUUUUCAGUAAAUUUAAAUGAUAUAUUUAUAUUUAUACAGAAAAAAAUGGUUUUGGAGUGCAGAUAUACUGCUGGUGCAUUGCUUUUAAGCUAAUGGGAUUUUUGCUUGUUGCUGCAUCAGUUUAACAUUUGCUUUUAUGGUACUAUCUUCAUUCUAACUGACUUUGACAGCACUUCUAUAAUACAUUUGUAACAGUUGCCAUAAAUGGGGGAAAAUCCAAAACAUGAAUGUUUACACAUUUUUUUUCAGUAAAGUGGCUGAUAAACCUUCUGGUUUGCAACAUUAAGUCAUGAUUUUCAAUUAUUUUCUGAUUUACCUGAACAACUACUGCACUUGUAAUUUUUUUUUUCUUACAAAUCUCACAGAUAUCUGUAACAUUUCUGUCUGUGUCAUCCAGGAUGAGUGAAUGAAAGUACUAAAUAUUUAGAGCUUACAUAACACUUAAAAUUUUGUGUUAAAAUUGGUGGAUAAUCUCCAAACACACUAAACAGAAAUGGAUGUAAUCAUCAAUAAUCGGGACGUUGUUUAAUAGAAUUCAUGUUUUUAUAUCCUUUUACUGCGAUAUCAUUACCUCUUAUUUUACUGUAUUAGAGAUGCACAGCAUCUCAAAGAUAUGUAUGGUGUAACCAUUGAUGCAUAAAUAAAGCAAA